AUGUCUGCAGAAAGAUUUGCUAACCCAACUGAGGAAGACUGGAUGUCAGAUUCAGCUACCAACAUGAACGACGAAACAAGUGAAAAUGAGUUAGAAAAUUGGAGUGGCGCUUCUCCAUUAUCUUUGCCCGACAACUUUUGCACCUUGUAUCAACUCAACGAAAAGAUCAGAAAGAAGAUAUAUGGAAUCUAUUUUGAUAACGACUACAAAUCCCAAAAACCGCAUCCAAAGCUGUAUCACGACUAUGGUCCGGUUGGCCCACAAGUCAAUCUUAUUGCGUCAAGUCUUGUGGCAGCAUUGAGACCUUGCAGAUACCUAUAUGAUGAACUACUGGCAUUCGCAUACGAUAAUCAGCGGGCGAGGCUUCUAUUUGAGGACUCCGAGUCUGAGCAAUUCUUCUCUCUUUGCCCUGCUACACUGAGCAUGGUGAAGAACUUGAGUAUUUGUUUGUGGUAAGUUCGCCUAUAUUUUACUACGCAAGAUCCGCUCACUUACACACAAUCAUCAGCCCAGAACAGCAUCCCGGUUGGUUCCGUAACGCCGAUCCGUCGGAAAUGUGUAUGAAGAUGCUCAGUCAACUCUCCUACGCAAAGAAUAUACGCGCCUUAUCCUUGACAAUCCCGCUGUCGGAGAAGGAUGAUGUUUUCUGCCACUCUAUUAUUUCCAAUAUCCUGAAGUCUAGAGACUCUAGAAAGGAAAACGCGCUCCGUGAGAUGUGUAUUCACUUGGAAGACCGAAAUGAACCGGUCUUACCCGGUGUUUCCGACAGCGGUGGCACUAACGAUCGUCUGUUGGAGUUUGCGAAUUGGGUCUGGCUAGGGUUGGGAAGAGUCGUGAAAGAUAGAAAGAAAGGAUGGGUCGUGGAGAACAAAAUUGAAAGUUACCCUGGUCUUCUAUCUAUCCACUGGGGACUCCAUUCUCACCAUGGCCCAGUAUAUCCUCGCACGAGUAUCUUUUGGUAG